GCCUUGGGCGCCUGAGUGCCAUCCGAAUUGAAAAUUCAGUGAUAUCCGUGCCAAGAAAUAGUACAAACCACAUUGAUCUCGAAUCAAGACGAAAUGCGAGUGAAUAAGAGCGAAGAUGAAUCGUAAAUGUUAUUUUUGAACCGAAUUGAAAAGCUGCUCGUUGUUUUCCUCGCAAACGUCAAAAUAAUUUACUGACCCGCGAUAAGGUGCUCAUGGAGAUAGUAGCUAACUCGUAUAAUUAGUCUGAUAUACAUUGUUUGUUAGAAGGACGUGUGCCGUGUGCGUGAAAACAAUUCUGCAACGUUAUGCUAUUAUUUAUAUUUAUAUUGAGUGUGGGUGUGUUUACACCGUAUGUGACAUCAGAAAGCUGCUACGCCCAGCGCUGUCUUGGCUGCUACCAGGACCAGACGUCAUCGCCAGGGUACCCUAACGAGUGCCACCCGACCAACUGGGUCACGGCCCAGUGGGUGCACAACAUAGGACACCCGCCACCGACCACAGACAGCAAGAUACCCAUAGAGUAUCGGUGCUUGAAGAUGGUGGCCACGCCAGAUGAUAAGACUUUUGGCAACACCAUUGACGUCAUUCGGGGGUGUGUACCACGACUCAGCGUGGACUCAGUUUGUCUUGCUUUGGUAGCUGUAGAGAGAGCGAGAGGGCACAGCGACGCGCGUUGUUUUAUAUGCAACGGCAAUAACUGCAAUGCAGCUGCGUACGCGCAACUUAAAUUAUACGUACCUAUUUUAACAUUAAUAUUGUACUUUGUAUUUAGAUGAGUGUUAUUGUAAUUUUUUUAAGUGUAAAGACAUUUUGUGUAUAAGUGUUGUUUAUUAAAUUAAGUUUUUUACGACGCAAUUUACAAUAAAAAAACUUGACUAAAGUCGCAAAUAA